CCGUAACGUUCGGCCAGGAGCACGAUGAUAGAAAAAACUAACCAAUUCAGCUUCCGACUGAAGUGGGGAAUAAAUCUCCGCACAAACCCUUUACAACUCGAGAGAAUUUAGAACCUAUCCUAGAAGUAAUCAAGGAAACACACACGCGUGUCAAGAACUGAACCCAAAAAAGAAUUAGCCGAAUCCGAGUUAUUUUAGUGAAAAAACCGUUUCUUGGAUGCAGUAGUCUAGUUGCAGCUAGUUGUGCGCUAGUCUAGUCGUCCUCUUCACAUGGCGGCCUGCGCGUAGGAACCGAGCCUUUUCUUCUUCUUCUUCUUCUUCUUCUCCACUACAAUCCCGGGUAAUCUUGCCAUUCCCCUGUCUCGUCUCUGCCUUUUCUGCGCCAAAAGUUGUAGUAGGCUUGUGGGAGUAGUAGUAGCUUCCCUGAAUUCUGCACCUGUUCCUUGUUCCUCGCGCUCUGCUGCUCUUCUUCUCGCAAUUACUCCUUGCCGUUCUUGAUGAGCCAUUAAUGGUGGAGGGGAGUUAUAAGCUGCCCAGUUAUGGAAGUUUUGCUGAUCUGAUGCGGUGGUGGUAGGCGUUUCGAUCCUUUCGCGAGCCGGUUGUUCCUUGGCUUGCAGGCAGGCAGGGAUGGAAACUGUAGCCUACGCCUCACGCGUUGCCGAGAGAGAGGCAGCUCAUUUGCCGUCGAAUUGAUGGAAAAGAGAGCGUGAGUAGUAAAGAGGACAGCUUUUUCCUUAACGCCUCUCCGUGUGCUCCUCUCCGUUCUGGAAAUCGAUCAAGCGGCCAGCCAUCUCCAUCUCCAUCGUCUUCUUCUUCUUCCUUCUCCUGGAGCCCUUUGGGUUUUGGUGGUGUCUGAUCGUCUGAUACUCUGAUUGCUAGUUUUGGGGGAUUGUUACUAGUGCAGAAAAGCUGACUGUUUUGUCUCUUCUUAUCCAUUCUAGUAAGUGGUACUCUUGUGCCAUCGGCUUGAUUCUUCCUUGGUCCCUUUGAUAUCUUGGUUUAGGUCCUAAGUCCUCUUCACCUAAUCUUGUUUUUCUUUUGUUCCUUCGGUUGGUGAGUCAUAGGCUAUCUCAGUGUUGCCUCCGGUUCUUAUAUAACCUUCCAGUCCUCUUGCUCUUUAACCUGUUCUUGUACACUUCACAUUAGUCCAUUUUCCUUCUGUUUCCCAAGGUUUUUGUUGCAAGUGCACACUCUUCUCAUCAACAAGAGGUGUUCUGCUCUGUGUUGGGAGGUCAGGAGACAGUGCUUAGCUUGCAGGCCGGCGUUGGAUGCUGCGUGGUGAGCUCUGAGGUGAUCAAGGUCUCGUUUCACGACGAGUAGUAGAGUUCCCAUUACCAGAGCUAAAGAUGGAACUUGUCUACUUGGAAAGGAGAAAUGGAUUCGAUGAAGAUAGCACCUCUCCAGAGUUCAGUGGAAGGUCAGCAAUUGACCAUCAACAGCUGUCCAUUGCUACACCUGAGGUUGAGUCUGAUUUGGGACAGACAAUCUACAAGCAGCCAUUGCCAUCAGAUGAGAAGAAAAGCAGGAGCUGCCAGUCAUGUCACAAGUCACCAUGUUCUUGCAGGAGCGAAGUAUUCCAUUCAGAUUUGUACCCGACACUUCCUGCGAAGAUGAUGAUACUGGAAUUCCUCAUCAGAAGCCUGAGGCACCCAAGAAGAACCCACAAUGUGAGUGAUCUUGAUGACAUGAUCAGCAAUGGAGCUAGCACAGGGAGUGUAGUUCUUGGUCCUUCGGAGAAAAUGAUGUUGGAUUCUUUGCAUUCACUUGUUGAUGCGAAAACGAGGCCAAAAAGUCCUUCAUUCUUCCACUCAGGAACCAAGAUGAGAAAAGCUCGGUCAAAAUCCCACAUCAUAACACAGUCAGAGAUACUGAAGCUGAUAUCUCCUGAGACAUGGGAGAUCUCCUCCCCUGGCGUGUCGCCGUUGAAGAAGAGCACAGCUGAGUUGAGCAUGCAUGAGAAGAUGGUGUCCUCAGAUACACCAUCCAUGAGUUCAAAUCAACCUGUUCUGUCCUCAUGUCCAUCUUCUUUAAGUGCAGGGCUUCUACAAUGCAUAUGGAAGGAUGGGCUUCCACACUUUGAACUGUCACUGGACAAUCCUAUGGCAGUAUACACUGCCAAUCCUACAAAGGCCCAUGACAAUGACAAGCCCCUUGACUAUGUCUAUUUGUUCCAUUCAGGAGAGCAAGGGAGAAAAGAUUGGUUAGGCAACUCAAGCAGUGUAUCACGGCUUGUCGGCAAGAUGAAGGUGUCAAGUUCUUUGGUUCUGAACCCAGACAAGUCUACUUCUAUGGAGACAGAGUUUGUCCUGUAUGGUUCUCCGGAUGACUACCUGAGGCAAAUGCAAAGUUCAUAUGGUGUUACAAAAGGCAAGGGGCUAGCCAAGAGAGUGGCAGACAUUAUGAAGCCAUCCAAUUUGAACUCUAGUCCGAAACAUGUGUGGAAGUUUGGCAAAUCGUCCUCCCAACAGAUUGAUGAGAUGACUGAAAUACCUGAAGGUGAACAGUGCAGUGCCAAAGAAUCAGUCCUCAAGAACCUCGUCGCUGAUGAUUUGCCUACCAACCAGGAGAUAGCAGCAAUUGUAGUACGAAAACAGCGGCGCGAACGUCGGAAAUCACCUGUUCUUGGUGGAUGGGGGCUCAAGUUCCUUGAGAAAGCUGGAGCUACUCAUCCAGGGAGCACUGAAGAUGGUGAUGUUCAGAACAAGAAAAAUAAUGCAGGGAGUGUAAGUGCCAUAUUUCCCCGAGGCUACCAUGGCGGCGCGGCUUCCAAGAACGGCAGCCCUGCCAGCCUCAUCGGAAGAUGGAGGUCCGGUGGGCGCUGUGAUUGUGGCGGAUGGGAUAUUGGUUGCCCAAUCAGAGUACUGCAGAAUGAUGGCUGUGGUACUUCGCCUCAGGCAGAGUCCCAGUCACAGGACAGGAAAUCAGUAGAGCUCUCAGUCAAGGGUGCGAAGAAGGGACCAAUGUUCAGGCUUGUGAACAUCACAGAUGACCUGCACAUCAUAUACUUCGACUCCAGUCUUUCGCCUUUGCAAUGCUUCUCGGCAGGAAUAGCGAUUAUCCACAGCCAGGCGCCUCACCUCUAUCCAAAACUCUGAAGACACAUUGUUGGUCUUGUCUAAUAUAUAGAAGAUUUGAAACAUGUCUUGAUCUUGCAUAUUUCCUUUCGCUUUGGUUUCAUAAAGAAAAGGUGCAGGUUAUCCUCAUGUUAAAUUGUUAAUAUCCAUUGUUAAUCUUGUUUAACGCUAUAAUGUUUUAUAAGCUGGAAGGAGUAGGAUAUUAGGAUAUAUCUUACUAAUGUAAAUUUUGUUUCAAUGAAUUGGAGGGGGAAAGACAGGUUCCCUCCUGUUAAAACUGAUUCGGCCAAAACGAGAGAAGCGCAUAAAUAAAUCUUUACACAGCUCCGUUUUGCUAAA